CGUCGAUUUCGCACGUAAAAAAGGAUCGUCUUUUGAUAACGUGGUGCAGUCGAUGCGAGUUGGAAGUAGAUUUAUGCGAAGGGAGUACACGAUUCAGGUAAGAGAUUAAAGCUUCGUAUUCGGAGUUUAAGAUAGAUCUUUCGAGUAGAGAUUUCUGAUUCCAGCCGUUUGUUCUAGGUGAAAAUGUUGUGGAAUUUAUUAAUAUUCGGCUUAAUAGCCAACGUGUUUGCCGCAUCUUCCAAGCGAGACGAUUACAGUAGUAGUAGCAGUAGUGGAAAUAGCCAGUCUGUUAGUUUCCCAUCUUCCUCGUAUAGCAGUAGUAAUAGUGGGAGCAGUGGGUACACAAGUGGUUCUAGCAGCUACGGAAGCGCGGGUUCACCAACUUAUACCAGCGGAUCUAGCGGUUACAGCAGUGGUUCUAGUGCAUACGGCACCGGUUCUUCUUCCUAUGGUACCGGCAACAAAGCAUACAGCAGUGGUGGUUCUCCCGGAUACGCUAGUAGUUCCACGUCUACAGGAAGUGUUUCUUCUCAGCCAGCAUCUCAAGGGAAUCUUUACUAUUACUACUACCCCGUUCAGCAGAAACCUCAAGAUGGUAGCAGCUAUGUAGCUCAGGGUUCCUCUUCGGCAGGAUCAUAUUCAUCAUCAACUGGAGAAGAUAAUUAUGAUAGUGGUUCCAGCGCCGCUGUCGCUUAUGGAAAUCAGGUAGCGGCUGCCGGAAAUGGAGAUUAUGAGGCUCAAGAAUCGAAUUAUAACGGAGCAGUUAGUCCCUUAGAUGCUAAUUAUGGAACAGCUAGCUUGGGAAGCCUUGGAGGAUUUAACGCUGGAAGUUUCGGAUCGAAUGGCUUAGUUGGAGGUGGAGGAUACAACUCUGCAGCUUCUGCUCAAGUUGGAUACGUAGCAUCCGCACCUGGAGUAGGAUACGGCAGUGGAAGCUAUGGAAAUAAUUUAGUCGGUUACCCAGCAAGCUACGGAGCUGGCUAUGGUUACCCACAAUCUCCAGAAUUUAAUGGAGGAAAGAGGUUUGGCUUAAGUUCUCUGAUCAUGCCAAUGCUGGCUCUGGCAGGUUUAGGACUAUUGAUACCCACUGUAACUAGUUUAGGAAGUAGAACCAAGAAAACCAAGAGAUCUCUGAACGACCCUACGUCCUUCUCGAGCAUAGGAGAAAGGCUAGAUCGAUAUUUGGCAAUCUACAGAUCUGCAACAGAGAGCGAAGAGUGUAUCAGUAGAAUCAUAUGCGAAUUAGGAAAUACAAUGACCGACGUAACAGGGAAAUCCACGAUUCUGACCAUCUUAGAAAAGGUGGUUCCAAGUUGGAUGAAACAGAAAAUGGGUGUUUUUAAAAACGCAGUCCUAUCCAGAGAUGCAGGAAAAUGUCGGAAGUAUAAAUGCUGA